AUGGCAACAGUAGUGUGGAACGUUGUUAAUAAAUUUGGAACGCAUACACCAGUAAUUUCCAUAGUAAUCGAUUUCAUGAAAGAGGUAAUAAACAUUGCCAGAGAGGCAUCACAAAACAACAAGCGAUGCAAAGAAUUACAAUCCCGUUUGAGUGCUGUUUAUGAGACCCUUGAAGUUCAUAUCCGUAACAUUUCAGACGAUUAUCCAUUUGGCAAAAAAAAUACCGAGAAUUUGAUGCGAGCCCUAGAUGAAUGUCGCAAGUUUCUAUUGAGAUUCCGAAAAGGGAGUGGUAAAGCUUUGUUAAAUAUGUUAAAUUCGGAUGAAAUUUCUAUAAAAAUUAGAGAGUUGAACGAAUCUUUGUCUCAUGCUCAACUCGGAAUUAUACUUUAUAUAAAUGCGAAAUCGAAUGUUAACUCAAAUCCUAAACCGCAAAUACUGCCACCUUCAACGCCACCAAUUCCAGUUGUUUUAUAUCAUUGUAGGACGUGCACUAUUCGCAAUAAUUCUGUUCUUUGCAGUCGUUGUUACACCGGAACAAAUCAUAUUGGGCAUGACGUUAUAACUAUCAAACUCACGGAUCCUAAUAUGAGCGUAUGGUGUGAUUGUGGAGACCCGGAAUAUUGGAAGUUUCAUCUCAAUUGCAAAUUUCACUCAUCUAAUACACAAAAAGUUGGGACUUCCCAUUGUGGCAAGAAAAUCGCUCUUAAAGAAGUAUAUUACCAAUGCAGAACGUGUACUACUCGCAACGAUUCUGUUAUCUGCAGUCGUUGCUACGCUGGAUCAAAUCACGUUGGGCAUGACGUUAUCUCAAUCACGAAUUCCUGGCCGGGUGCAUGGUGUGAUUGCGGUGACUCGGAUUAUUGGAGAAUUCCCCUAAAUUGCAAAUAUCAUCCUCAGACUCCUACUACUGUGUCUCGAUCUCACACUACUAGUUCUACUAAUGGAUCUCGAUCUCAAACUACUAGUUCUACUACUGGUUAUAAUAAGGGAUCUCAUAAUAGUUAUACUAGUGGAUCUCGUUCUCACAAUAAUAAUUCUACUACUGGAUCUCGUUCUCACAAAACUAGUUCUACUACUGGAACUCGAUCUCACACAGGAGUAUGCGGUCAUGUAUUUGCUUAUGAUGAAACGGUUUAUCGAUGCUGGACUUGCUCAGUUGAUAGUAGCAUUGUGAUAUGUUCGAGUUGCUUCAACCCGACAAAGCACUUAGGACAUGAUGUCGACUUUUACGUAUCCAACAUCAGCAAUGGUGCUUUCUGUGACUGUGGUGAUAAAAAAUCAUGGAAAGUACCAAUCAACUGUUCGGAUGAUUUGUCAAAUGCUUUUCAAGGGUUAGGUUUGAUUUAA